GCGACACUUCCGAGUGUAUCGAAGAAACACGAUACCAGUUUUCGCGAACUUAGGGUUCCGAUCUUCUCCCCCCCCAAUGGCCGACGAGACUCUUCCUCCGGCUGAUCCCGUCGACAUCACCCUCCCCGAGAAGACCACCUCUCUCUCACCGCCUCCUCCGCCGCCGCAGCAUGAACAAGAGCUGCAGGAACAGCAGCAAGAGGAGAAGCAGCCUCGCGAGAGAGAUUCCCGCGAGCGCCGCGACGAGAUAGAUCUAGAGCGUCCGCCGAAUCGCCGCGACCGUUCGCCCCCUCCUCCGCCCCGCAGGGAUUACAAGAGGCGGCCUAGCGGGAGCCCUCCUCCGCCGUACAGAGGAGAUAGGCGGCACUCUCCUCCUAUGCGCCGCUCGCCUCCUCCUCCCAAGCGUUAUAGGAGGGACGAUAACGGCUACGAUGGUCGCCGUGGUGGCGGCUAUGGCCCACCUGACAGAAGAUUUGGAUAUGACUAUGACCGUGAAAUGGGAGGGAGGCCUGGUGGUUAUGGUGAUGAUAGACCUCAUGGCCGCUUUAUGGGACGCCAUCAAGACUGGGAGGGAGGUCGUGGACGCUAUGGUGAUGCAUCUUAUAGUGGAAAUACUCAAAGGGACGGAUUGAUGUCAUACAAACAGUUUAUCCAGGAGUUGGAAGAUGAUAUACUGCCAUCAGAAGCUGAAAGAAGGUAUCAAGAAUACAAGUCGGAGUAUAUCACAACCCAGAAACGUGUCUAUUUUAACACUCACAAAGAGGAAGAAUGGUUGAAAGAUAAGUAUCAUCCAACGAACUUACUAACUGUAAUAGAAAAGAGGAAUGAACUUGCACAGAAGGUAGCAAAGGAUUUCAUACUUAGUUUACAGAGCGGGAAUCUAGAUUUAGGUCCUGCAGCGACAGCAUUGAAUAAAGCUGGCCGCAGCAGUGAGCCAAAUUCUGAGGAUGAAGCUGAUGGUGAUGGUAAAAGAAGACCUGUUAAGCGGGAAAGUGCAGGGACUGAUGUAUUGGCCGCACCGAAAGCACCAAGCUUCACUUCUGAUCCAAAGAGAAUCCUAACUGACAUUGAACAAACACAAGCCCUUGUACGUAAGCUCGACGCGGAGAAAGGAAUUAAGGAGAACGUUUUAUCAGGUUCCGAAACUGAAAAGUCGGGUAGAGAUAAUGUGCACAGUGGUUCGACUGGUCCAGUUAUAAUUAUAAGAGGUUUGACGUCCCGUGAAUUACUUGACACCCUUGUCACAUAUCUCUGGCGUGUUCAUGGUGUGGACUAUUACGGAAAGCUUGAAACAAAUGAAGCCAAGGGUAUGCGGCAUGUGAGAGCGGAAGGAAAAGGUUCUGAUGCAAAAGGAGAUGAGAGCGAAAAUAAAUUUGACUCUCAUUGGCAAGAGAGGUUGAAAGGGCCAGAUCCCUUGGAAGUGAUGGCUGCCAAAGAGAAGCUAGAGGCUGCUGCUAUUGAAGCUUUAGAUCCACAUGUCCGAAAGAUUAGGGAUGAGAAGUAUGGUUGGAAAUAUGGUUGUGGAGCUAAAGGCUGCACGAAACUGUUUCAUGCUGCUGAAUUUGUGCACAAGCAUCUCAAGCUCAAACAUGCUGAGCUUGUAGUGGACCAGACUGCCAAAGUGCGGGAAGAACUUUAUUUUUAGAACUAUAUGAAUGAUCCUAAUGCUCCAGGAGGACAACCAGCCACGCAGCAACCUGGCCCGAGAGAUAGACCUAUGAUGAGACGUAAGCCAGGCAUGGAGAACAGAUUGAGGGAUGAUCGAGGUGGACGCAGAGAGCGUGCUUAUGGAAAUGACAGAAACGAUAGAUCAGAGGAUCAACGGAGGGGUGAUGGAAACGGUCCUGUUGAUCCAAAUCCGGAGGAAGGUGGUGGCUUCGAAGCAUUUGGUGGGCAAGGCGGUUUUCAGGUUCCUCCCUACUCGGCUGAUAUGAAUGCACCACCAAUGCUGAUGCCUGUUCCUGGUGCCGGGCCACUAGGACCAUUUGUACCAGCACCACCUGAGGUUGCGAUGCAGAUGUUCAGGGACCCGAGUGGACCCAACCCUUCUUUUGAAGGUGGGGGCAGAGGUGGACCAGCCCCUUUUCUGUUGUCUCCGGCCUUUAGACAGGAUCCUAGACGUCUACGAAGCUACCAAGACCUAGAUGCGCCAGAGGAAGAGGUGACCGUUAUUGAUUACAGGAGCUUGUAGACAGAGGAGAGAGAGAGAAUGGGAUGCCCGGUCUAGCCAGCCGAUUGGAACAAUCUACAUGCUCUUUGAUGAUGUCUGUAUCUUUUCUUUCUUGUUUCCACCUAAUUUUUACUCAGUAAAGUCGUAAGAUACGCACUCUAUAUAUUUUUGUUGAUUGCUUUUCAUGUGCUUUAGUUAUCGUUUUACUUGUACUCAUUUUCUACUUCUGUUUUCAUGUUCUAUUCAUAUGAGAAUAAUAUUUACUUC